CAUGAAAGAUGGCAUCCCCAGGAUCAAAUGUCGGAAAAUCUACUUUAGAUAAUGUUUUUGGAAUCAUUCCCGAAGGACACGAAAAAGCUUUGAAGCAGGCAUUUUAUAAUACAGCUGCUACGUUGUUUGUGGUGCUUGCAUGUACAGCUGCAGUUGCUGUUUACUAUGUUCUGGAGAUAUUUCUGAAGCCUUUGAUGUGGGCACUUUUAUGCGGAGCUUUUUUGCAUCCUUUCAAAAAUACAUUUUCAAAAAGUAUACAGAACUGGUUGAAAGGAUUAAGGAGCUCUGGUACUCCACUAGUUGUAGGUGUUACAUUGUUGCCAUUGAAUCUCAUUGACUCUACAUCGGAAAAGUUGGGAGGUGCACUUCUCAAGCAUCUCAAAUCAAUCAUCUGCGUAGCAGUCGGAUUGCCAGUUUUGUACAGUAUUUAUCAAUUUGGCCCAGUGCAGAAGAUCAUAGAUGUACUUGUCUGUACUUUCUACGUAUCCUCAGAUCUGAUUGCCAUAUUUGGAUCAAGAUGGUAUUUUGUGUGGAGUCUAGCAGUAGGCUACAUUCUAUUGGUGAUAUUCUAUUGGACACCCCAGACAAGUCGUUUUCUGCGGUUGUUAUCGAUCCCAGUCUGGCUUGGUAUCUUUCUCCACAUAGCCACUGUAGCUGGUCCACUACGUGUGCCCAUAUUUGUUGCUCUAGUCAUUAUGAUGGUGGUGGGCUUUGUUUCUGAGGUCUUAGAAGCAAGGAGAGAACAUAGUCAAGAAACAGUAGAAUCUGCUUCAAGUCCUGUAGGUUCAGAGAUUCCCACCCCACAAUCUCCCACUGUUUCUGCAGCCUUGAAGGUUUUAUCAGGCACUAACCAGUCAGUAUCACCAGGCAGCUCUGAACACUCAACAGAAUCUAAAAUCAAACCACCAGAGACAAUAGCUAGUCAAGAGGCCACCAAAUCAAACCAAGAAUCAUCCAGUAGUGCACCAAGUUUAAAGUUAAGUUCUCCAACUGGUGCUACAAGUAAGCUUGGCUCGCCUGGAAGAAAAAAUCCUCCUCCAUCAACUCUACCUUUAGAGAUUCCCAAGGAGAGAUCUUUACCCGAUAAGUGUUUCAUAGGUUUAAUGUGGGCAAUAGGCAUAGUGCAAUUAUGGAAGAAUAUAUGGGUCCUGCAGUUGCUACCUCUGCCAUUCGCAUAUGUACUGGUGAAAAAAGCAUGUGUGAAAUUUGGAUUGCUAGAGUGUCUCAAAUUUGGUGAUAUGUGGCAGAGGCUAUCCACCUGGGCUAAAGAACGCAAAGAUGCUGUGGCACCUAAGCCUGUUAGAGGUCUCGGGAAACUUAUCCUGAGGGGAGACAGGAAGAUAGUAUCAGCCAUUGAGACAUCUACAGAUAAGUUCAUGAGUGUUGUCAUUAUCCUGGCCCUUUUGGUUGGGGCAGUCCUCUUCACCAUCUUCUGUGCUGUUCAGGUGCACCAGGAGAGCAUGCACCUUGUCUCCAUCACCAGCAAUGUUAUGAAUAAUUCACUACAGCCAGAGAUAACUGAUAAAUGGCUGCCAAAGAGAGAGAUGCAGAAAGCAAUGGAUUCUGUUGCUGAAAAUGCUUAUGUGUAUGGUCGCCAGUGGUUAGUCGAUAAGAUAGAUACCAUGAUUGAUGGACAGAAUGCCAAUAAAACAUUAAUUGAGAAACAAGUGCUAGAACUAUGGGAUAGAAUGUAUGCAGCCUGGUUUAAUAAGACAACAAAGCUUGAUGGCAAUCAUAAACCAGAGCUACAGCGUCAGAUGUCUAUGACGCAUAUCUCCAAUAUAUGGGACAUUGCUCACUCAGCCGAUGCUUUCAACUUUGAUAUUGUAUCCUUCGUCAAAGAAAACAUUGGCAUUGUCACAUCAGUACUGGAGUCUAUAUGGAUGGUCCUGAAAGGGAACGUGAAUCUCUUGCUUGGUCUAGUCACCAGCAGUCUCUCAGUUAUCCUGGGAGGAGGAACAGCUAUACUCAACUUUGUAUUAGCUUCGGUUGUAUUUCUUACCACACUGUUCUACCUUCUGGCCUCAAGUGGUAACACCUACAAGCCUGUAGAAUGGUUCAGUAUGUUGAACCCUGGGGGUGGGGCACAGGGCAACAACAUUGGCCAAGCAGUGGAGGAAGCUAUCAGUGGUGUGUUCCUUGCAUCCCUUAAAAUGGCUGUAUUCUAUGGUCUCUAUACAUGGCUGAUACACACAGUAUUUGGUGUCAAUAUGGUCUUCAUACCUUCAGCAUUGGCAGCUAUAUUUGGUGCAAUCCCAUUCCUUGGAACCUACUGGGCAGCUGUGCCUGCAGUGCUUGAACUAUGGCUGGUCCAUCAGGAGGCUCUCCUGGCAGCCAUGUUGUUUCUUUGCCAGUUUGCUCCAACAAUGUUCCUUGACACUGCCAUUCUUAGUGAUAUUAAAGGGGGUGGUCACCCAUACCUGACUGGUUUAGCCAUAGCAGGAGGACUGUAUGUGUAUGGCUUGGAAGGGGCAAUAAUUGGCCCCAUACUCCUGUGCCUCCUUGUAGUGGCCAUGAAUCUGUAUAGCACUAUGUUGAACCCCCAACCAACUCCAAGCCAAGAGAGCAGAGUUGCUGCUAGACGUUUAGUAGGCCGAAAUCCAAAGAUGGGAUUUAUGGACAUGAAGCGGACAAUAAGUAUGCACUGAUGGCUGAAUGAGGUUGACAAGGAAUUUUGAUACAACACCAAUUUAUAUUGUUUGCCAACACAGACAAACAUAAGACCUACUAACUGGGUGGUAAAGUCAGAGUAGAAGUGCAAUCUUACAUACAGGUGUAGCUGAGUUUAUGGGUGAAUUCCAUUAAGAACAAUGCAUUGACUUAAUAUGUUGUCUGCUAUAUAUAUGCUUGCCAAAAAGAUACAAAAUCUUGGAGCAUCUGUAAUAAGAGACUUGAGAAACCUUCCAUGAAUUGUUGACUUAAAUAUUGUGAGUUGACAAUGGUUAAAGGGGAACUGGGUGCCAUAUUAUUGUACAUAACUUGGGAUGAAUAUCCCAUUCUACGCUGUGUUUUCCUGUCCACUCCCUUCAGUUCAAAUGAAUUGCGUAGGUGCAUUUUGCAUGUGAAAAAUAACGAUUUCAUGACCAGGAUUAUUAUUGUUCUACCUGUUAAUGGAAAAAAUCUUCCCAGAAUUGAAUACAUGUACCUUGAAACUUUGGCUAGCUAUCUGGUAAUAGCAUAUAUAGCAUUUUGAUAUGAGGCUGAUCACACAUAAUGUUCUUUUAACAACUCAAGAACGUGAGCUGAAUUCCAAGUUAUGUUUGCAAAAUCUAAUUGCGCAACAUUGAAAGCUGGGAGGAGUGCGACUGUUCAUAAGUACUUAUAUUCUUAAAAUUCUGUUAUUAAGCUCAUAUUAUAGAUGUACAUGUGAAAUAUAUUAGAAUCAUAUUUAUCCUAAAACUAGCUUUAAUUCUCAGUUGCCAUCCACUAAAAAGGGCAUCAGUUCCACUAAUACACAGAUCAGCAUUACAUGUAUGUUAACAAGGAAUUAUUAACCUGUGAUAUUUGAAAAGUUUCAUUCAUUGAUCAGCCGACAUGGUGAGUUUAUGGAAGUGACCAACUCUUUCCCAUGUCUAUUUGUCUGUUUAAGAUGAAUUAAAACUGCUUUUUGACUAUAAACCAAUGCCCAUAUCCAUAUUAUGGGUGUCCAAUCCAUAUUAUGGGUGUCCAUUUUGGUAAUUUACACCAUUGGUCUUGGGGCCUUUUGUCUUAUUUUAAAAAAAUAAUCUUUAUUUCAUCACGUGAGCCCAUAAAAUGGUGCAAUUUUGUGCAAUAGGCACAUUGUCUUACUGUUGUACAGUCUUCAAUAUAUACAUGUGCAUGAUUUAUUGUCUUAUGUUAGUAGGGACACUAUGCGUUCGAUGUUGUGUUUUGUUGUCCUCUAAAUAAGUGACUGUAUUAAUAUGAAAAGCAUAGCUUCAAAUACCACGCAAGCAUUGCCAUAUCAGAUAUUGUAUUAGGUGUACUAGACUUAAUUUAAAAACUUACAACUUUUUGCAAUAUUAAGUAGGUACAUA